AUGGCAGUCGCCGCAAAGCAUCAGCGCUUGUUCGACAAAGCGUUAGAGGCGCUCAAACGUUCCGAAGAAAAACUUAGCAAAGAAGGGCUUGCAGAGGAGGACUUCAAGAGGCGACUUGAGAUCAUUCUCUUACAACGGGCGAAAGUAGCAGUACUAAGUGGAGACCUUGAAGGAGCCGAUCUGAAUGCUCAAUUCGCAAUUGAUCUGAAAAUGUCAACACGAGGGUACUAUCUUCUUGGAAUCGUCGCCGAACAACGACUGGAAUUCAAGACUGCAGCCGAAUAUUUCAAGCAAGUAACAAAUUGGCCCUCAACUCCGCUUGCCGUAGAAUCCUCCAUGACCAAGAAAGAAAAGCUCCAGCUGCUCGAAACCCUUGUCACUGCCAACUCUGCAAAGUAUCGUUCCAUCGAAGAAUAA